AUGACUCUGGAGUCCAUGAUGGCCUGUUGCCUGAGCGACGAGGUGAAGGAGUCGAAGCGCAUCAACGCCGAGAUCGAGAAGCAGCUGCGGAGGGACAAGCGCGACGCGCGCCGGGAGCUCAAGCUGCUGCUGCUGGGCACUGGGGAAAGUGGGAAGAGCACAUUUAUCAAACAGAUGAGGAUAAUUCAUGGCUCAGGCUACUCUGAAGAGGACAAAAGGGGCUUCACCAAGCUGGUGUACCAAAACAUCUUCACUGCCAUGCAGUCCAUGAUCAGGGCCAUGGAGACCCUGAAGAUCCUAUACAAGUACGAACAGAAUAAGACCAAUGCACUGCUGAUUCGGGAAGUGGACGUAGAAAAAGUCUCAACCUUUGAGCAGCCAUAUGUAAGUGCAAUUAAGACAUUGUGGACUGACCCUGGAAUCCAAGAGUGUUAUGACAGGAGGCGAGAAUAUCAGCUCUCCGACUCAGCUAAGUACUACCUUAGUGACGUGGAUCGAAUCGCAACCCCAGGAUAUCUACCAACCCAGCAAGAUGUGCUACGGGUUAGAGUUCCUACAACCGGAAUAAUAGAAUACCCCUUCGACCUAGAGAAUAUUAUCUUCAGAAUGGUGGAUGUUGGGGGUCAGAGGUCAGAACGAAGGAAGUGGAUCCAUUGCUUUGAAAAUGUGACCUCCAUCAUGUUUUUAGUAGCCCUUAGUGAAUAUGACCAAGUUCUAGUGGAGUCUGAUAAUGAGAACCGGAUGGAAGAGAGUAAAGCCCUUUUUCGGACCAUUAUCACCUACCCGUGGUUCCAGAAUUCUUCAGUCAUCCUCUUCCUCAACAAGAAAGAUUUGUUGGAAGACAAGAUCCUGUACUCCCACCUUGUUGACUAUUUCCCAGAGUUUGAUGGCCCGCAGAGGGAUGCUCAGGCAGCCCGGGAGUUCAUUCUCAAGAUGUUUGUGGAUUUAAACCCAGACAGCGACAAAAUCAUCUACUCUCACUUCACAUGUGCCACAGACACGGAAAACAUCCGUUUUGUCUUUGCUGCCGUCAAGGACACCAUCCUACAGCUCAACCUGAAGGAGUACAACCUGGUCUGACCUGCUCUGCCCCUCGCCCCCUUGGAGGCCUCCUUGUGAAGAAAAGACAAAAAAAGAAAAAUUUAAAAAUUACAGGAAAAAAAUCUUAAUUUUUAAUGAUGUAAUGAUUGCAAAUUGUCUGAUCUGUGGAGUGGCGAAUUUGCUCAGUGUUAUCCUGGAGUCUCAUGUCUCUGUCCACAGAGUAGUUGAUUUCAUAUUUUUAACAAAUUGCUUUUAUUUCACAGUUAAUGGGGGGGGAUACACCUCACUCUUCGGCACCUUGUUCACCUCUUAAUUUUUGCCAAGGCAGCCUCAUCUUGGGCUUUACUUUGUCGCUUAGCCGCUUUUAUUUUCCUUUUCAUUCCCGUGGUAUAUAUAGAGAUCUAUAACUUUUCUGGCCAAGAUUGUAAAUUCACUGGACUGUGGGAGUGUGGAAUGCUACUGGUCCCUUUGCCUUGUGCCAUAGGGUGCCUCUGGUGUAAUUAUUAAUCCUGCUUGCUUUUUGUUCCCACCCUGCCCUCCCCAAGGACACGCCCCAUGGUUCACUGUGAUGAAAUGUUGGGGAGGAACAAUUGCUCUCCAUCUAUAGCAAAAAACCCACAACAACAACAAAAAGCCAUCACUUUUCCAUUCUUUGUACGGUUUAGUCUGGGUUACUUUUUUU